UCUCCACCCCUCACCAGCCCCCACCACUACCAGAGAUAGAGAUUAUCCACGAAAGAUCCAGACAGUUCUCGGCCUCGGUCCUGGUGCCGGAGUUUUGCGGCUGGCCUCUUUUGGGCCACACCAGGCAGGCCGCGGAGAUCCUACGCUCAUCGUGGUGCACGCGCGGGUCAGGCUGGGGCCACGCCGCUCCGCAGCCGGACCUAACCACGGUUAAAAGGAGAAGCCCCGUGUCCCUUCCAGCUCCCCUCUCGCAAAUCCUGGGAGUCCCGAGUCACCCCGCGCUCCGCGGGCUGGGAGGCCCCGGCCCGGACUCGCGUCAGGCGCAGCCGAGGUCCCCCAGCGCCCCCUACAGCCGCUCGUGGGCGAGACCGCGCAGGGUCCUGUGCCUCCGCACCACGCCCGGGACCCCACCCAGAGGCCGGCGCCCCGGGACCGCGCGAGCACCCUUAGCUCCCGGCUGCAGAAGCGGGGCGUGGGCCCUGCGGGCUUGCUGCAUCCCAGAUCAACCUCGAUUGCUCCGCCCGCGGCGGUCCGACUUCCCCUCCCUUCCUCUGUGUGUCCCUCCCUCCCUCCUUUCCUCUCGCCCGCGGGCGCCGGACACGCUGCACUUCUCUUGGGGCGCUCUUCCCCUUGGCCGACCGUCUCAUCCCGCGCAACUUUGGGACAGUGGCUGUUUGGUGUUGAAUGUUCUCCUCCGAGAGCGCAUGGCUGGGGAAGCGAGGUGCGGGCCCGGUCCCCGAGGGGCCGCCGUCUGGGAGGCGGUGCUGCUGUGGCUGUGCCUGGGAGUCCCGACCGGGCGCCCCUACAACGUGGACACCGAGAGCGCGCUGCUCUACCAGGGCCCCCCCAACACCCUGUUCGGCUAUUCGGUGGUGCUGCACAGCCACGGGGCGAACCGAUGGCUCGUAGUGGGGGCGCCCACGGCCAAUUGGCUUGCCAACGCUUCAGUGGUCAAUCCCGGUGCGAUUUACAGAUGCAAGAUCGGAAAGAAUCCAGACCUGAAUUGCGAACAGCUCCAGCUGGGUAGCCCUAAUGGAGAACCUUGUGGAAAGACUUGUCUGGAAGAAAGAGACAAUCAGUGGCUGGGGGUCACGCUUUCCAGACAGCCAGGAGAAAAUGGAUCCCUCGUGACUUGUGGGCAUAGAUGGAAAAACAUAUUUUAUAUAAAGAAUGAAAAUAAGCUCCCUACGGGUGUUUGCUAUGGAAUGCCCUCUGAUUUACGGACAGAACUAAGUAAAAGAAUAGCUCCAUGCUAUCAAGAUUAUGUGAAAAAAUUUGGAGAAAAUUUUGCAUCAUGUCAAGCUGGAAUAUCUAGUUUUUACACAGAGGACUUAAUUGUGAUGGGAGCCCCAGGAUCCUCUUAUUGGACCGGCUCUCUUUUUGUCUACAAUAUAACUACAAAUAAAUACAAGGCUUUUUUAGACACAAAUAAUCAAGUUAAAUUUGGAAGUUACUUAGGAUACUCAGUAGGAGCUGGUCAUUUUCGGAGUCCGCACACGACUGAAGUAGUUGGAGGAGCCCCUCAACAUGAACAGAUUGGUAAAGCAUACAUAUUCAGCAUUGAUGCAAAAGAACUAAAUAUCUUACAUGAAGUGAAAGGAAAAAAGCUUGGCUCUUACUUUGGAGCUUCUGUGUGUGCUGUGGACCUCAACGCAGAUGGCUUCUCAGACCUACUGGUGGGAGCGCCCAUGCAGAGCGUCAUCAGGGAGGAAGGCAGAGUGUUCGUGUACCUCAACUCUGGCUCGGGAGCAGUAAUGAAUGAAAUGGAAACAGAGCUCAUUGGAAGCGACAAAUAUGCUGCAAGAUUUGGGGAAUCUAUAGUUAAUCUUGGUGACAUUGAUAAUGAUGGCUUUGAAGAUGUCGCUAUUGGAGCUCCGCAAGAAGAUGACUUGCGAGGUGCUAUUUAUAUUUACAACGGCCGAGCAGAUGGAAUCUCGCCAGUGUUCUCACAGAGAAUUGAAGGACUUCAAAUCAGCGAUUCAUUAAGUAUGUUUGGACAGUCUAUAUCUGGACAAAUUGAUGCAGAUAAUAAUGGAUAUGUAGAUGUGGCAGUUGGUGCUUUUCGGUCUGAUUCUGCUGUGUUGCUAAGGACAAGACCUGUAGUGAUUGUCAAAGCUUCCUUAAACCAUCCUGAAUCAGUAAAUAGAACAAAUUUUGACUGUGUUGAAAAUGGAUUGCCUUCUGUGUGCAUGGAUCUAACACUCUGUUUCUCAUACAAGGGCAAAGAGGUUCCAGGUUAUAUUGUUUUGUUUUAUAACAUGAGUCUGGAUGUGAACCGGAAGAUAGACUCUCCGUCAAGAUUCUACUUUUCUUCUAAUGGAACGUCUGAUGUGAUCACAGGCAGCAUAAAAGUGUCAAGCAGAGUAGCUAACUGCAGAACACAUCAAGCAUUUCUGCGGAAAGAUGUGCGGGACAUCCUCACCCCAGUUCGGAUUGAAGCUGCUUAUCACCUUGGGCAUCAUGUCAUCAGUAAACGAAAUGCAGAAGAGUUCCCACCACUUCAGCCAAUUCUCCAGCAGAAGAAAGAAAAAGACAUAAUUGAAAAAACAAUAAACUUUGCAAGAUUUUGUGCCCAUGAAAAUUGUUCAGCUGAUUUACAGGUUUCUGCGAGAUUUGGAUUUUUUAAGCCACAUGAAAAUAAGACCUAUCUUGCUGUUGGAAGUAUGAAGACAGUAAUGUUGAACGUGUCCUUGUUUAAUGCUGGAGAUGAUGCGUAUGAAACAGCUCUGCACAUCACACUCCCCACCGGCCUUUACUUCAUUAAGAUUUUAGAUCUGGAAGAAAAACAAAUAAGCUGUGAAGUAACAGACAGCUCUGGCUUAGUAAAACUUGACUGCACUGUUGGUUACAUAUAUGUUGAUCACCUAUCAAGGAUAGAUGUCAGCUUUCUGCUGGAUGUGAGCUCACUCAGCAGAGCAGAAGAGGAUCUCAGCAUCACAGUGCACGCCACCUGUGCAAAUGAAGGGGAAAGGGAGGACCUGAAGCAGAACAGAGUGACUUUAACAAUACCUCUCAAGUACGAAGUCAUGCUAACUGUUCAUGGAUUUGUCAACCCAACUUCAUUUGUGUAUGGACCAAAGGAAGAAAAUGAGCCUGAAACGUGCAUGGCAGAGAAAAUGAACUUCACUUUCCAUGUUAUCAACAUGGGUCACAGCAUGGCUCCAAAUGUUAGUGUGGAAAUAAUGGUACCGAAUUCUUUUACCCCCCACAUUGAUAAGCUGUUCAACAUUUUGGAUGUCCAGACUACUGCUGGAGAAUGCCAUUUUAAAAAUUAUCAAAGAAAGUGUGCAUUAGAGCAGGAGAAAGGUUCAAUGGAGUUCCUGAAAGACAUAUUCAAAUUCUUGUCCAAGACUGAUAAGAAGCUACUGUUCUGCAUAAAAACUGAUCCAUACUGUUUAAAUUUUUUCUGCCAUUUUGGGAAAAUGGAAAGUGGAAAAGAAGCCAGUGUUCACAUUCAGCUGGAAGGCCGGCCAUACCUUUCAGAAAUGGAUGAGACUUCGGCCCUCAAGUUUGAAAUAAGAGCAACAGCUUUUCCAGAGCCUAAUCCAAAAGUUAUUGAACUAAACAAAGAUGAGACUGUUGCACAUGUUCUGCUUGAAGGACUACAUCAUCAAAGACCCAAACGUCAUUUCACAAUAGCAAUUAUUUCAAGUAGCUUGUUCCUUGGACUUAUUUUGCUUUUAUUGAUUUCAUAUGUUAUGUGGAAGGCUGGCUUCUUUAAAAGACAGUACAAAUCUGUCCUCCAAGAAGAAAACAGAAGAGACAGCUGGAGCUACAUUAACAGCAAGAGCAACAAGGAUGAUUAAAGACUUCUUUCAAAUUGAGAGAAUAGACUCAGGUUAACCAAAGAAAUUCAAGACCGUGUUUAUAAGAAACCCGGAAUUCUGCUCAGAUUUCUCCUAUGUACUUCAUUUACUCAUGACCUUGUGACAUACUAGGUCUCGAUGCAAGUGAAAAAUCCCAAGCACUGAUUACUCUUCCAGAGGAAAAUAAUCUCUCAGUUCUCAAAUGGAUAGAAAAAAAAACACUAAAGCAUUCAAUUUAUUCAAGGUAAGUAAUCCCUUGAAGAUACCUUGAAAUGAAAGUGCAUCUGAAUUAAAUCAUGUUGAGGAAGUAAACAACUCAUUUGGAGAAGUCUUGGACUUGAAAUAUCAUUCCUUUAAAAGAAAUAAUUUGCCAGGCGUGCUUGCUUCAGUAAAAUAAACUCCACUGAAUAGGCAAUGAUUCAUUUCUAAUAGAUCUUUGGGACUCAUUGGAAAAAUCCCGCUAAAUACAUCUAAAGAAUGAAGAGCUGUUCCUCAAUUUUCUUAUGAAUAAAAGAAGACCACUAAUGUUUUAAAGCAUAUUUUAUCUUUAAAGACCUUUAUUUCUAAUACCUUUAUGAUGGGCUUUGAUCAACAACCAUUUAGUCGGCAGUCUAUGUAAGAGCACUUUGGGCCUGAGGAGCAAAUUCCAGACUGAAUUUAUACACUGGUUUGAGUUUAAUGACUUCUGGAUAAUUACUGUUUAUACGGCUAUGGAUUCUUUCUGUAUAUAUACAUAAGUUCUUAAAAGAAUAUAACACAUUUUUAUCAAGGGUACCCAGGAGUAAUGUCUCAAAUCCAUUUUUAGUGAAAUUUUUUUACUUAUAAAAACAAUAGUACUUAAGAAUUCUAACUUAUACUCUGAAACAGAUUGUGAAUGUUGCACUUUAGCUGAUAUUUCAAAUAUAAAUACACUGAUAAUAUGUAAAAUACGAAAACUGUACCUCAUUAAUGACUCUUAAAAAGCCAAACUCUACGAAGACCGUGCUUGGAGGCCAGUAUUCUAUAUAAAUUAGAUACUAUGUAAAAUAGUGACUGUCAAAUCAAGCAAAUGCCCCUACUUGUGUAGAUACUACUUUCUCCUCAGAUGUAUGUAUUACAUGUGUAUUUUAUCAGGUGUAUAAGAGCAUUGUCGUCUGCAUGGAAUUAGAGAAACAAAAUCUGGAAACUUAACUUUUAGCUUGUAUUCAGUGAAUAUAAAUGUGACAAAAAUUUCCAUGAUCUGUUUUAGUGGUAAGUGAAAUAGUUUUUAUAAAAAAAGCUUCUGGAUUUUAAAUAAUCUUUAGUAUCUUUUCACUUGCAAAUACAGUCCUUUUUCAUAUUUAUUCAGGCAUGUGACCUGGAUGCUGAUAGCUAUGAGUUGUCCUAUAUCUGUCUUUAUUGUUGGAAGCAAUUAAAUAGUAAAAGACUUCUGUCUAUCUGAAGCCCCUGCCAACAGCGGUCUUUCUCAGGCUGCCUAAAUUCCUGCAGGUUCUCUGUUCAUGAGCCCACAUUAGUAAUUGGUGGCCAGAGAACAAGGAGGACAGAGUUUCUGAAGGCAUUCGAUGGGUGAAACCCAAUCUGUGAGCAUGAACCCUCCUGAACACGGUAUAUCCCAGCAGUCAUUAAUUAAACUUAAAAAGGUAUUAUAUAAGCAAAUGAUCUGCUUUUUUCAUUAUAUAAAAAGCAAAGUAAUCCUUUCAGGAGAUUUUCUGGAAUCAUUGGUGGAGAAUGAUCCCUGAGGAAAUUUAAAUUGGGCUCUUUUCUAUCCAGAGAUGAUAGCAUGUGGGGUAUUGAGUGCACUAAACCAGUGUGCUAGGAUUGCUGGAUAACAUGACUUUCAGAAGCAAAGAGAAAACAGCUCCUCACUAGUUAGCUACUUCUUAUACUUCAAAAUUUGUUAUGGAUUUGAAAAGACUUAUAAAGAAAAUCAACAAUUUUCAGCUUUCAGGGAAUAGUCACAAAGUUGGUUCCCUAACAACUUAAAAUAGCUUAUCUCUUUGGCAAAUAAUGUAGGUAUUGGAGCCAUUUUGAAAUCUGGAUUACGAUCUCACCAGGGCAUCCUUAGGUAACCUCUGGCAUCCAUCUGUACCAGGCUGUAGGAAAUUUUAUAUCCAUAGAGGAUGGACUCAAAUCCUGAAAGGUGAAAGCAUCCAAAUUAUUUCACUUGGGAAUUACUGGCAGAUCAUCAAGAUGUUUUGAGUAUAUGAAUGUUUGCUUUCGGUUCCAAUAAAUACUUUCUGAAACCAGAAUUUAAUUCAUUAUAUUUCAUGGCUUAAGCUCUAGAAGCUAAUUUUUAGCAACAAAAGUAGCAAUUUUCAUUUCUUUAAAAAAAUAAUUUUUCCCCUAUAUCUUUAAUGCAUGACCAUAUUCCUUCAUAUUAAAAUUCUAGUUUGUACAUUUCUUUUAUAAACAAUUACAUGUUACUUUGGAAUCAUUCAUUUCUUCCAUGCUUCCUCCAUAAAGACUGAUAAGUCUUGGGUGUAAUCUGUAAGAAAUAGAUGUAUAAUUAUUUCAUCAACCUCUCGUUAUUUUUCACACAUAUACCUAUUGAGUCUGGUACAUUAUACCAAAUACCAAUAUAACAAUAGCUAGAAAACCUCCAUUCGUGGCAGAGCUGCAAUCUUGUAAAUGUGGAGGGAGCGCUGAUAAAUGGACACUGGUCAUUACUGUAACAUCCAGACAUUGUGCCUACAGGGUGCUGCUCCUGCCCCGGUCUUCCACCCCUUGAGUCCUAAUGCUUUCCAGCAAUGAGUUUGCAUGGUCCUAAACUUGUUUCAUGCUAGUUGUCCUGUUACAGAGUAUAUAAAACUGUUCCUGUGUUGAGAAGGUUGAAUGCUGUGGAAAGAGUUGAGAGCAGCACGCCGCUGAAUACAAAGUGAUCAAGACUGGAGCUUUCAAUGUGUACCCAUCCGCUCCGCAGAGGGCUUUCACAAGGUUAAGCUCUCGAUCCACUUUUAAGAUUAUAAAACAUAUAUUGCUAAAAUUACAAAACAAAUUGUAGACAUUAUCUGUACAGUUUAGGGAGAAUGGUCAUUUGAAAUGCCAAUAUAGAGACUCAGAAAAUUUGGUGAUGAGUCUAUAUGAAAAUGCUUGGGCUAUAUGUAACAACUGGUGAAUAAAUGUAAAGUUAUACUUUAUUUAUUAAAAUUGUACAUCUAUCUUUUUAUGCUUCCCUGACUUACUCAUUAAAAG